ACAUUCUUCGCUUCCUUCCACUCCAUCACUGUUAUUAUCACUUUUAAUUUCUUUUUCCAUCAUUUUCAUCUCUCUCAUAUCUGAGCUCGAUUUCCUCAUCGUUCAGCCAUGACUAAAAAGGUGACAAUAAUGAAGCUCGAGGUUGAUCUCCAGUGUGUGAAAUGCUACAAGAAGGUCAAGAAUGUUCUCUGUAAAUUCCCACAAAUUCAAGACCAGGUUUUCGAUGAGAAGCAGAACAUUGUGACGAUUAAAGUGGUGUGCUGUAACCCGGAGAAGAUUAGGGAUCAGCUUUGCUGUAAAGGAUGUGGCGUCAUCAAGAGCAUCGAAAUUGUCGAAUUGUCAAAGCCUAAAACGACGCAGCAGCCUCCAAACAAACAGCAGCCGCCGAAGCAGCAUCCAAACAAACAGCAGCCGGCGCAGACUCCAACCACAGAUCCGCCGCAGCAGCAGCCUCCAGCCACAGAUCCGCCGCAGCAGCAGCCUCCAAGUGGAACGUGUUGUGUUCCGUGCGAUGAAGGCCGGUGCGAUGGGCCAUGCUUUAAGCCGGAGUCACCGAUUCCACAUAGAACGUGUUGUGAUCCGUGCCAUGAAGGCCGACGAUGUGGGCCAUGCUUUCAGUGUUGUGGUCCGCCCGAGUCGGUACCACCGAUAACGGGUAAAACGUGUUGUGCUUCAUGCAAUGAUCCCCGGCCUGGUGGGCCAUGCUUUGAGGAUUAUUGUAGGCCUCCACCAUGUUAUGGAGGGUUUUGUUAUGCUAUACCUGUUUAUGAUAGCUAUGGUGGAGGACAACCUUGCUACGUGAGCCGUUGUGGUCAAUACGUCAACGAAGAUAACGUCAUAGGGUGCGCAAUAAUGUGAGCUUAAGGCUCAUUAUUGAUGGGGCAUUGUAUGGAGAAUAAUGAAUAAUGAUAUAUUGCUAUAUAGAGUUAUAAAUGGGUGUUUUCUUUGUUUAAUCAAAUCUAUAGUUCUUGUAUGGAUCCUCGUAUGAGUCUAAUCAAAUUUAUGUUAUU